CGUACUAAUGGCUGCCACAUGUAUAUUAGAUGGUAAUCAAUAAAAUGCCGAUAUGUUCGGACAAAUUCCCCAGUAAUAGUUUUAAGGCCCCCCAGUGAAAACGUUAAAGGCAGGGGAUAGUAUUUCAGGGCAAGUGAUAUAUUAUAGUCAGCAAAAUGACAUCGGUCGUUGACGUCGCCGUCGACCAGAAUGGCAAUACCACGAGGAUGAUAUUCUACCCGCUGGUGUUAUUGGCGUCAGCGGUAUGGAUGUACCACCGAUGGCAGCAACAGUCCAGGAUGUCCAGGAUGGGCAACCUGCUCCCAGGACCAACAGUUCUUCCGUUAUUUGGAAAUGCACUUUUGGCUCUCUUCAAGAAACCUGAACAAUUCAUUAAGCUUGGUUUUGAAUACGCUGACAAAUAUGGCUACGUGGUUCGUGGCUGGCUGGGUUCAAAGCUGAUCAUCUUCCUCGCGAACCCUGAAGAUGUGGAAGUUAUCCUGAACAGUCAAGUGCACAUUGAUAAGGCUUCAGAGUACAGAUACUUUGAACCUUGGCUUGGGGAAGGUCUUCUCAUCAGCUCAGGAGCUAAAUGGCGCUCACACAGAAAAAUGAUUGCUCCCACAUUUCAUAUCAAUAUCCUGAAAUCUUUCGUUGAUGUAUUCAACCAAAACAGUAAGAGUGUGGUUGAGAAGAUGCGAUCUGAAAUUGGAAAGACUUUUGAUGUCCACGACCACAUGAGUGGUGUUACAGUCGAUAUUUUAUUGGAAACGGCUAUGGGUAUCACAAAGAAGACUCAGGAUCAAUCUAGCUUCGAUUAUGCUAUGGCUGUGAUGAAAAUGUGCGAUAUUAUCCACCAAAGGCAUUACAAAUUCUGGUUGCGACUGGACAGUAUCUUCAAAUUCCACCCGCUCCACAAAACACAACAGAAACUUUUGGACAUUAUUCACGGACUUACUAAUAAGGUCAUUAAGCAAAAGAAGAAAAUCUACCAAGAAAACAAAGCUAAGGGAAUCAUCCCUCCCAGUCUCCAAGAGUUGACUGAUGGCAAGGCCCUCAAUAACGAUACUGUUUUGGCGAACAAUGCUAAAACUCUGUCAGACACAGUCUUCAAAGGCUACCGUGACGAUCUGGACUUCAACGACGAAAAUGACGUCGGUGAGAAAAAACGUCUGGCCUUUUUGGAUCUGAUGAUUGAAUCAGCUCAAAACGGCACCAACCAGAUCAGUGAUCACGAGAUUAAGGAAGAAGUUGACACCAUUAUGUUUGAGGGUCACGACACCACUGCAGCCGGCUCUAGCUUCGUAUUGUGCAUGUUGGGUCUCCACCAGGAUGUGCAGACGAGAGUUUACGAUGAACUGUACCAGAUCUUCGGUGACUCCGACAGGCCCGCCACCUUUAACGACACUCUACAGAUGAAGUACUUGGAGCGAGUGAUCCUGGAAACUCUCCGAAUGUACCCACCUGUACCCAUCAUUGCUAGGCAGUUGAAGAAAGACGCCCAAAUCGUAACCAACAACUACGUAUUACCUGCGGGAGCUACCAUUGUGAUUGCCACGUACGGCAUCCACCGCCACCCUCAACACUACAAGGACCCUGACACCUUCAACCCUGACAACUUCCUCCCAGAGAACAUGGCCAACAGGCACUACUACAGCUACAUACCCUUCAGCGCUGGACCCAGGAGCUGCGUCGGACGCAAGUACGCUCUGCUAAAACUAAAGAUUCUUCUAUCAACCAUCUUGAGAAACUACAAGACAAUUUCUGACGUUCCUGAGGAAGAGUUCCAGCUCAAAGGAGACAUCAUUCUGAAGAGAUCUGAUGGAUUCAGGAUCAGAAUCGAACCACGAGUGAGGGUACCAUCCAAUGCAGCUUAACUUAUUUGUAAAACUUAGUACUAUCUUAAGAUAGAUUGUUUAAUUCAUGGUCGAUGUAAGGACUAGUAGAGCUAAACCUGAUUUUUUAAGACAUAUGUUAAAUACGAAUAUAAACUUCUAGAUAGGUCGAUACCAGAAAAAAAAUUAGAAAAUGUAUCUCACAAAGAUCUUGAUAAAUUGAACUCGUCAAAUAGAAGAUUGUAAUUCAAUGAGAACUUGUAAUUUUUAAAUAUAUUAUUCAAAAAAUCUGUUAUAUCUACAUUUAUUAUAUUGAUAUGCAUGCGUUAGUCACGAUAAUAUAUUUUAUGACAUAUCAUUAAAGCUAUUAUUAUUCGGAAAAUACGAUUAUUAUUAAAAAAUAUGUAAAGAUUAUAAUAUAUCUAUUUUCGAUUAAUUUUCGGUUAAAUUAUUACCAGUGCGUCAAGAUAUCGUUAUUUUAAAACCUGAUUACUAAUUUUGGUAACCAUAAUUUUAUUGUUAGACGUUUUAGUUGUGUCAUUUUAAGGUCAAUUGAUUAAUUAUGUCUUUAAAUAAAAGUUAAAAAAUA